AUGAAAACAGAGUGGAAAUCAUUGACUGUUGAUGGGGCGAGCAGGCUAACAACACCUUGCCAUACCAAAAAUCUGAGAAAAGCGAUAAGCAAGACACAAAGACACGCAUGCACCUAUCAAGAUUCGUUACAACUAAUGCACGCUACUAAAGUGAUAGCUUUGCGCAUAGCUGAAGCGCUUACCCUCACAUCAGGCGGCCCGAUCCGGCUGCCGACUCUCGCCAAUCACCUGGCUACUUCAUGCCGUACUUGUCGCUCAUUUGAUCGUGCAGCCCGGUUCAAAGAGGUUGUCCAUACGACGCCGGAUCGGGAGGGAUGGACCCACCGCGGACCUACCCCGGUUGAGCUGUUGAGGUAUCUGUGGAACAAAAAGCGGAUGCAUUUGCGAAAAUUCCAUCAAUUCAAAUUUGGAAUCGAGGGACUGUGA